CAAUUUUCCGCUCAGUUUUGUUUACAUCCGCGACUCCGGUGUUUCUCGGGUUUGUUGUGAGUGUUUUCCGGCGGGUUUUUCAGUGAAUUUUCCGUGAAUUGACCGUGCGUGCGUGCGUGAUGACGACUCCCGGAGAAAUGGACUGUGUUACGGUGAUCAGUGACGAUUCGGACGUUGAAGUGACGACGCUCAGUGAAAUAACAAUCACUAGGAUCCCGGCGAAACCCCGUCCGUCCCUUGUUCAGGCCGAGGGGGCUGAUCCGGGGGCAUCUUCUGGGGCUCAGGCAUUCGAGGGACGUGAGGAGUCCGAUGGGAGGCGCAUGAGUCGCCGCAAGAAGGCCAAGGUUGAGUACUUUGGCGAGGGCGCUUCCGGGAGUGCUGAGGCAAAGACAGGGGCGAUGGGAAGGGUUGAAGCAAAGUCUGAGCAGAGAACGCGCGGGAAGAGAGAUCGUUCCGUGAGUCCGUCGAAGGAUUCUGACAGCAAGGAUGCUCCGGAUGAUGAGCCAUCCUUCAAGGAUAUCUUGACUGGGCUCGAGGGAGCGGCUUUUCAGAGUCGAUUGCCCUAUGAGAAGAUGACAUCGGCCGAGGCGGCCUGUUUUCCCGUGAUUGCAAAGAAUGGACUGAUUGCCCAGAGGGUUUUCCUGAACAUCCGGAAUCGCUUGCUGCAGAUGUGGAUUGAGAAUCCAAAGCUGCAGUUGACAUUUGAGGAUGCGCUUAAGAAUAUCGAGAGCCCUUUUGAUAGUGAUCCGGGGCUGCUGAAGAACAUCCAUGCAUUCCUGGAGCGUCAUGGCUUUAUCAAUUUUGGCAUUUUUAAGCGUCUGAGGCCGAUUCCGGUGAAGAAAUUGGCCAAGGUUAUUGUUAUCGGGGCUGGGAUUUCGGGAUUGGCUGCUGCACAGCAAUUGCAGCAAUUUGGGAUGGAUGUAAUUGUCCUGGAGGCAAGAGAUCGCGUCGGAGGGAGAAUUGCGACAUUCCGGAAGAAUAACUAUCACGCGGAUUUGGGCGCGAUGGUGGUCACGGGAAUCUGGGGGAAUCCCAUUACCAUUCUCAGCCGUCAGACGGGCAUGGAGAUGGUGCCCAUUAAGCAGGCUUGUCCGCUGUAUGGAGCUGGCGGGAAACCCGUUCCUAAGCACAAGGAUGACAUGGUUGAGAGGGAAUUCAAUCGUCUGCUGGAAUCCACCAGCUACCUCUCCCAUCAGCUGGACUUUAACUAUGCCGGGAACAAUCCAGUGUCCCUUGGUCAGGCUCUGGAGUGGAUCAUUAAGUUGCAGGAGAAACACGUGAAGGAGAAGCAAGUGCAGCAUCUCAAUUCCGUGAUUGGUCUUCAGCAGAAGCUAAUUGACAACCAGAAUAAGAUCAGUGACCUCAUGGAUGAGAUGCGGAUGCUCAAGUCCAAGGCGAACUUCCUGCAGGAGACAAAGCCCCAGAAGACGCCGGAAAAUGAGCAGAAGUACAUUGAGUGUGAAUUUAGUGCCCGACAGGCUGUCAGGGAGUGGAAUAUGGUGUGGAAAGAGAUUGAGCGUCUCAAUGUGGCGCAGGAGGACAUGGAAGUGAAGUUGAAAGAACUGGAGAUGAAUCCUCCAAGUGAUGUGUAUUUAUCUUCAAAAGAUCGUCAGAUUCUCGAUUGGCAUUUUGCCAAUUUGGAAUUUGCCAAUGCAACGCCCCUCAACAACCUCUCGCUGAAGCACUGGGAUCAGGAUGACGACUUCGAGUUCAUUGGGAAUCACACAACAGGUAAAAUCCAUUGAACUUGCAUUAUGUAAAUUACGUGUGG